AUGUCAUCCCCCUCUGUCUCUGCCUGUCUGUCUGUCUGUCUGUCUGUCUCUCUCUCUCUCUCUCUCUCGCUCUCUCUCUCUCUCAAUGAAAUUCUGACUUACUUCUCCAGGAGUGACCAGCUAGCCGAAGCGCGCGCACGAUCUCUCUCUCUCUCUCUCUCUCUCUCUCUCUCUCUCUCCCUAUCUCUCUCCCACUCUUUAUCUCUCUCUCUCUCUUUCUCUCUCUCUCUCUCUCUCAACGAAAAUGAGCUAGAAAAAAGGUGUCCAUACAGGCACCAACCAUCAGGACCAUCUAGUGUCAUCUCUCUCUCUCUCUCUCUCUCUCUCUCUCUCUCUCUCUCUCUCUCUCUAAGGAAGCUAACCAGAGAUGAUAAAAAUUCCCCUCAUAUCUAUCUAUCUAUCUAUCUAUCUAUCUAUCUAUCUAUCCUAGUUGACAUAUCUAUUCAUCUAUCUAUCUAUCCUUGUCCUAGCUACAAGUCUAUCUAUCUAUCUAUCUCAUUUUGUUCAUAUCUAUCUCAUUUUAUUCAUAUCUAUCUUUCUAAAUUUGUUCAUAUCUAUCUAUUUAUCUAUCUAUGUUUGUUCAUAUCUAUCUAUCUAACUAUCUAUCUAUUUGUCUUCUGUUCAUAUCUAUCUAUCUAUCUAUCUAUCUAUCUAUCUAUCUAUCUAUCUAUCUAUCUAUCUAUCUCAAUUUGUUCAUGUCCAUUUCAGUCUGUUCAUAUUUAUCUAUCUAAUUUUCUAUCUAUCUAUCUAUCUAUCUAUCUAUCUAUCUAUCUAUCUAUCUAUCUAUACCAGUCUGUUCAUAUCUAUUGCAGUCUCUUCGUAUUUAUCUAUCUACGUCGACCCGAUCUGUUCAUAUCUAUCUAUCUAUCUAUCUAUCUACAGAUCAAUCUUGUUCUGUUAAUAUCAAUCUCUCUCAUUCUGUUUAUAUCUAUCUCAUCAUCUAUCUAUCUAUCUAUCUAUCUAUCUAUCUAUCUAUCUAUCUAUCUAUCUAUCUAUCUGUCUCUGUUCAUAUCUACCUAUCUAUCUAUCUAUCUAUCUAUCUCAGUCUUAUUCUGUGAAUAUCUAUCUCUCUCAUUCUGUUUCUAUCUAUCUAUCUAUCUAUAUCUAUCUAUCUAUCUAUCUAUCUCAUUCUGCUCAUGUCUAUGUAUCUAUUUGUCUCAUUAUCUAACCUACUACCUUCUAUCACAGCAUACUUCCUCCUCUUUCUCACCUACUCCAUUCUGA